AUGGUCGUCGGCAGGAGAUCCUUUUUGAGACAGCUCCAAGCCUCUUUUUUCCGACUACUGUGUCUUAUUCCAACAGGGUUCCCUGUCCGAAGUGUGGAUAUGCAGCGCGCCACUGACAACAUUACCAUCCGUCAGGGCGAUACAGCCGUUAUCAGGUGUUACGUUGACGACAAGGUCUCCAAAGUGGCCUGGCUGAAUCGCUCCAACAUCAUCUUCGCUGGAGAAGACAAGUGGUCGCUGGACCCUCGAGUGGACCUGGUCACCAAAGGCCAGCUGGAAUACAGCCUCCGCAUCCAGAAGGUGGACGUGUAUGACGAGGGACCGUACACGUGCUCCAUUCAAACCAAACAGCAACCCAAAACCUCACAGGUUUAUCUCAUCGUCCAAGUUCCUCCAAACAUCUACAAAGUUUCAGAAGACAUCAGUGUGAAUGAGGGCAGCAACGUGACCCUGAGCUGUCUCGCCAAUGGACGGCCCGACCCGUCAAUCACUUGGAGGCUGCUUAAUCCAUCAGCGGAGCCACUGGACGGGGAGGAGUACCUGGACAUCUCUGGCAUCAUGAGGACCCAGGCAGGCCGCUACGAGUGUAAGGCCAGCAAUGACGUGGCCUCGCCUGACGUCAAGUACGUCAACGUGGUCGUCAACUAUCCCCCUUUCAUUAAAGACGCCAAGAGCUCUGAAACCCCUGUGGGCCGUACUGCCUCUCUGCAGUGUGACGUAACAGCAGUCCCAAAACCCGAGUUUGAGUGGUACAGGGACGAGAAAAGGCUAUCCAACUCUCAGGGUAUUAACAUUCAGAUGUUGGGUACUCGUACCAUUCUGGUGGUGGCUAACGUGACAGAGGAAGACUAUGGAAACUACACAUGCGUGGCCACCAACCGCCUGGGGAUGCACAACGCCAGUGUGUUCCUCUACAGACCAGGCACCGGGCGGGACAUUAACGGCUGUGUGGCCGUCUCUCAGUCCGUCUGGCUGCUCCUCUUCUCCGUCGCUUGCCUUCUCCUCAACUGUUAA